CCAGACACACACAGUUUAGUCUGAGGUCCAGCCCCCUCUCAGUAGCAUUCAGUGCCAGACUUCAGGGAGGUAGUUUCCUUCUCACAAAACAGCUUGUGUAACUGAGCAGAGAGUCAGAGAGGCAUGGGCUGGCGGAAGGGUGUUCCUGUGGUUAAGCAGGGGCAGGGGCUGAGGCCGGGGCUGAGGUUGGGGCCUGGGUUGGGACUGAGGCAGGGGCUUAGGCUGGGACUGCUGGUUCUGCUGUGCUGCCUUGCCCUGUGUCCAGCGCCUGUCCAGGGGGACAAGGUCCUGGUGAUGCCUGUAGACGGGAGCCACUGGCUGAGCAUGAAGCUGCUGGUGAAGGAGCUGGCGGCCAGAGGCCAUGAGGUGGUUGUGCUGGUCCCUGACACAUCCAUCCUCAUCCAGGGCUCUGACUACUACAGGACUGAGACCUUCAGGGUCCCCUACAGCAAGGCACAGCUGGACGAGAACGUCAACAAACUGAAGGACGCUGCAUUCCUCAAGGCUCCGGAUGUAAUGGACAUAUUCGUGAACGUGCAGCACCUGAUUCACUUCACCACCAUGCAGGUGAAAGGCUGUGAGGGUCUGCUGUAUGACGAGCCCCUGAUGAAGCGACUGAGAGGAGAAAGAUUUCACAUGAUGCUGACCGACCCCUUCCUACCCUGUGGAUCCAUCAUCGCUGACUCCUUCAACAUCCCAGCGGUGUACUUCUCGAGGGGGAUCCCCUGUGGGCUGGAUGAGAAGGCUGCCCAGUGCCCCACUCCCCCAUCCUACGUACCACGCUUAUUCUCAGGCAACACUGACCACAUGGAUUUCUUAGGGAGGGUUAAGAACAUGCUCAUGUACAGUCUGGAGAGCUACCUGUGUACGGUGAUGUUUGCCAGCUUUGACGAGCUGACCAGCAGGUACCUGGAGAAGGACAUGACGUACAGGGAACUUCUGGGUCACGGGGCGAUCUGGCUGCUGAGGUAUGACUACUCCUUUGAGUAUCCCAAACCCAGGAUGCCCAACAUGGUCAACAUUGGCGGCAUCAACUGUGGUAAAAGAGCUCCACUUCCAGCGGACCUGCAGGAGUUUGUGGAUGAGUCAGGAGAGGAUGGCUUCGUGGUCUUCACCCUGGGCUCUAUGAUCUCUCAGAUGCCUGAGGAGAAAGCCAUGCAGUUCUUUGAUGCCUUCAGCAAGAUCCCUCAGAGGGUGGUGUGGAGGUACACAGGAGUGGUGCCUGAGAACACUCCAGACAACGUCAGAUUGAUGAAGUGGCUUCCUCAGAAUGAUCUGCUGGGCCACCCCAAGGUCAAGGCCUUCAUCACCCACGGAGGAACCCACGGUAUCUACGAGGGGAUCUGUAACAGUGUUCCCAUGGUGAUGCUUCCGUUGUUCGGUGACCAGAGUGACAACGCACAUCGCAUGGCGGUGAGGGGUGUCGGGGAGGUGCUCACUUUGUUCGAUAUCACCUCAGAGAAACUGGUGGAGGCCCUCAACAAGGUCAUCAACGACAAGAGUUACAAGGAGAAGAUGCUGAAGCUGUCAGCGGUACAUAAGGACCGUCCCAUCGAGCCCCUGGACCUGGCUGUGUUCUGGGCGGAGUUUGUUAUGCGCCACGGUGGAGCGGAACACCUAAGACCCGCCGCUCACGACCUCAACUGGAUCCAGUACCACAGUCUGGACGUGUUCACUCUGCUACUCACUAUAGUUCUCAUUGUUGUCAUGGUCACCGUUAAAUGCUGCAAAGUCUGCUUCCGCAAGUGUUGUGGUACGAAGAAGACUAUGAAGAAGAAGAAGAAUGAGUGAAUGUUCUUCCUGUGGCCUAGGCCGGGAUUCAAUCGAAGGCUCGUUGUAGAGCGCUGUCGACAAUAAUGUGCCUUUUAAAGGCAAUGUUCCUGUGAUCACAUUCACAGUAAACGCUGCAGAUGUUGGCUCAAUCAGAAAGUACCUUAAAAUGUCAAGCGUGCUACAAUGUGCUACAGAUUGAAUCCCAGCCCAAGCCAUCAGGCCCUAGAGUCCAGAGUAACUAUACUGCCCACUCUAGGCCCUGUGUAUAACAUUUUUUUGUUUGUUUGAUAUCUCAGGAUAAUGUCAGAGUAACUUCAUGUAUCUGUUGUCAAUAAGGCCUGAUGCCUGCCACCAGCAAGACAGUCUCAUUCCACCACAGGAGGUUGGUGGCACCUUAACUGCUGGUAAUGCCUGGAGCGGAAUGGUAUCAAAUACAUCAAACACGUAGUUUCCAUGUGUUUGAUGCCAUUUCAUUUGUUCCAUUACAGCCAUUAUUAUGAGCCGUCCUCCCCUCAGCAGCCUCCUAUUUAUUUCACAGUCAGCCACUGUGCUGUUGGAGGAGUGUGACUUCAAAACUGUUGGCCUGUCUAGCAUGUGUGAUGCCAAUUCAAGAUCCUGUUUAGUAAAAAGCAUGAGCUGACGCACACCCACAUUGCUUUGUAGAGGCGCUAACCAACAAAGAUUGAACUGUAACACAACCAAUAGAUGUCAUGUUGGUAUAAAGGAUUUUGGAGACAGGUGCAGGAAUACACAAUAGGGGUUUUUAACACACCCAAAACAAACACGUAUACAAAAACACUGGGCUGAAUCCAAACAAAAGAGAGAGGGUAAACCUUGUUGAACGACACAGGACGAUACCCAUAAUAGACAAUAUGUAUAGCACGCAGCAUAACAGCUGCACCAACGCAUAGGUACUCACACCACCAGUGGACACGGGAACAAUAAUCGACAGCCCAAUAGAAACCAAAGGGCACACUUAUACAAGUACUAAUCAGUGGGAAUAGGGGACAGGUGUGCAUAAUGCAUGUUCCGGAGGGAUCCGUGGCAAGAGAGAAUUUCUCUUUAUCUUUUUAAAAGGCAUUUUGACAGUAAAAAGCUAUGGCAGGUGUGUCAUUUUGCCUGGGCCUCAUUCGGUCUUCAUCAAGGUCCAGAGAGCAACACUGACAUUUUUUAAAUAUUUCCUCGCCGUCAAAAUGUGCUAAAUGUAGUCCUUUAUCCAUCGUUUUUGGAAUUUCCGAUGCUCUGUCGAGCUUUCAUUUCAGUAAUUAUUGUUUUUUGUUGUACAGUACUUUUUCAUUAUGUUUGUAAUAAUGUUUCAAGUGAAAAAAAAUCAUUAUUGUGAAAAUCUACAAAUAAAUUGUAAUACAAAGUUG